UGUGUGUGCGGGAGAGGAGUCGAGCAGAGAGAGCUGCUUUUUCAUGAAACGGGAGUAAAGUAGUAAACUUACAGGAACACAUACCACUACCAACGUUUGGAUCGAUAUCUGCAUCGAUCUGCACACCCUUGUCUCCUGGAUCCUAGCUGAGAUCAGCGUGAACCACGUGGGUCUCUGUUCCCUGACCUGUUUCUCAAGACUUUCAGCUUCAUCACGGAGUUUCUCUCGGAUUGUGGGCUCGUCUAAAGCUGAGUAACAGGAGAAGAGUCUGGUGGAGCAACAGAGGAACAAUUUCAGCCAUUUGGACUCAGCUCAGCCACUAUAGAGGAAACAAUGACUUCAACACAAAAGGACCAACAUGGAGCGAGAAGUCAGCGCUCUCAGGAGGCCGACAGACGUCACGGAAGACAGGGAGAGAAAACCUACAGCUGUGAUGAGUGUGGGAAAGAUUUUACCCGGACUGAAAGCUUAAAAAGACACCAACGCAUCCACAGUGGAGUUAAACCUUACAGCUGUGAUGAGUGUGGGAAGGGUUUUACCCAGGGUGCAGACUUAAAAAGACACCAACUCAUCCACAGCGGAGUUAAACCUUACAGCUGUGAUGAGUGUGGGAAGGAUUUUACCCAGGCUGGAAGCUUAAAAGCACAUCAACUCAUCCACAGCGGAGUUAAACCUUACAGCUGUGACCUGUGUGGAAAGUCUUUUACCAGGGCUCAAAGCUUAAAAACACACCAACUCAUCCACAGUGGAUUUAAACCUUACAGCUGUGACUUGUGUGGAAAGUCUUUUACCCGGGCUCAAAGGUUAAAAACACACCAACUCAUCCACAGUGGUGUUAAACCUUACAGCUGUGACUUGUGUGGAAAGUCUUUUACCCGGGCUGAAAGGUUAAAAACGCACCAACUCAUCCACAGUGGAGUUAAACCUUACAGCUGUGACUUGUGUGGAAAGUCUUUUACCGAGGGUGGAGACUUAAAAAGACACCAACUCUUCCACAGUGGAAUUAAACCUUACAGCUGUGACUUGUGUGGAAAGUCUUUUACCCGGGCUGAAAGGUUAAAAACGCACCAACUCAUCCACAGUGGAGUUAAACGUUACAGCUGUGACUUGUGUGGAAAGUCUUUUACCGAGGGUGGAGACUUAAAAAGACACCAACUCUUCCACAGUGGAAUUAAACCUUACAGCUGUGAUGAGUGUGGGAAGUGUUUUACUCAGGGUGCAGACUUAAAAAGACACCAACUCAUCCACAGUGGAGUUAAACCUUACAGCUGUGACCUGUGUGGAAAGUCUUUUACCAGGGCUCAAAGCUUAAAAACACACCAACUCAUCCACAGUGGAUUUAAACCUUACAGCUGUGACUUGUGUGGAAAGUCUUUUACCCGGGCUGAAAGGUUAAAAACGCACCAACUCAUCCACAGUGGAGUUAAACCUUACAGCUGUGACUUGUGUGGAAAGUCUUUUACUCGGGCUGAAAGGUUAAAAUCGCACCAACUCAUCCACAGUGGAGUUAAACCUUACAGCUGUGACUUGUGUGGAAAGUAUUUUGCCCAGGCUAAAAACUUAAAAACGCACCAACUCCUCCACAGUGGAGUUAAACCUUACAGCUGUGAUGAGUGUGGGAAAGAUUUUACCCAGGGAGGAGACUUAAAAAGACACCAACUCUUCCACAGUGGAAUUAAACCUUACAGCUGUGAUGAGUGUGGGAAGUGUUUUACCCAGGGUGCAGACUUAAAAAGACACCAACUCAUCCACAGCGGAUUUAAACCUUACAGCUGUGAUGAGUGUGGGAAGGAUUUUAUCCAGGGUGCAGACUUAAAAAGACAUCAACUUAUCCACAGUGGAGUUAAAGCUUACAGCUGUGACUUGUGUGGGAAGGAUUUUACUCAGGGUGCAGACUUAAAAAGACACCAACUCAUCCACAGUGGAGUUAAACCUUACAGCUGUGACUUGUGUGGAACGUCUUUUACCCAGGCUGGAAACUUAAAUGCACAUCGACUCAUCCACAGUGGAGUUAAACCUUACAGCUGUGACUUGUGUGGAAAGUCUUUUACCAAGGUUGGAGACGUAAAAAGACACCAGCUCAUCCACAGUGGAUUUAAACCUUACAGCUGUGACUUGUGUGGAAUGUCUUUUACUGUUACUGGAUUAUCCGUAGCCGACAAAGACCCUCCACUUCUCCGUCGCAGGGGCUGGCUAAGUCUUGAUUACUGCUCGGACAUCUGA